AUGAGUGAGUUUCGAGAAGCCUUGUCUCCUUCGUCUCCUCUACGAACACCGUCUCAUUCUCCAAACCAAAGUCUUCUCCAUCCAAACUACACUCAUAGAGACUUCUCUCCCAGCAACAACAGAUUCUCUUUCAACUCUUUGUCUGAUUUUUCUCUCUCGAGUUCCUUCUCUAAUGGAUUUUACUCUUCCGAUGAUAGCUCUGCUUCUCCUCCAUUUAAUGAGCUUAUUUCUAAGUACAAUCACUCUUCUCCUCCAUUCACAUAUCAGCAUCAUGACAAGAGUGUUAACAGUAAUGAUCUUGGUCUGUGCAACGACCUCUACCGUAUGAAAAUUAAAGAAGAUGUCGCAGAUGAUCCUCUCGCAUCCAUUCUUGAUCAAUCGAGGUAUGAGCCAAGGAACAAUGGUGGAUUCUUCUACACGCAAAAGGAGUCAUGUGACACAUGGUUUAACAACGACCAAAACGACGACAAGAGAGACAUGUUUGGUAAUCAAACUCAAGAUUCAACAACCAACUCUAGUCAAGUUGGAUGGCCUAGCUACUCAAGCCGUAACUGUCCUUAUAUCAAUGGUCAGGAUAUGUUAGGGCUAGGUCUGAAUCUAGGAGGAGGAGGAGGAACAAUAGAACACUCAGCUUACUACAGAACACCAACAGCAUCAGACAUGUUGCCAUUGUUCUGCCAAGGAGAUCAGACUUCUAAAGGCUCUGAACCAUUUGCCUCCGAGGAGAGUUUCUUCAUGGAACCUCAGAGAACUAGUGUUACUCGAGGCUUGAUGUCUGAUUAUGGAAACAACACUACAGAGAUAUGUCACACGAGUCUACCUAACGUGUGUGACAUUCAAGGAUACGUGUAUUUGAUGGCUAAAGACCAACAUGGAUGUAGAUUCUUACAGAGGAUUUUCGAUGAAGGAACUCCUGUUGACGCCAUGGUUAUAUUCAAUGAAGUUAUAGCCCAUGUGGUUGAGCUUAUGAUGGAUCCUUUUGGGAAUUACUUGAUGCAGAAGCUUCUUGAUGUUUGUACUGAAGAACAGAGGACGCAGAUCGUGCUCGUUGCAACUGCUGAGCCUGGUCAACUUAUCAGGAUAUCUCUCAACGCAUACGGUACUCGAGUUGUUCAGAGAUUAGUGGAAACAAUCAGAACAGGAAAGCAGGUUUCUAUGGUGAAAUCUGCGUUGAGACCUGGUUUUCUUGAUUUGAUCAAGGAUUUAAAUGGAAACCAUGUGAUUCAACGUUGCUUGCAAUGCCUUGGCACAGAAGAUAACAAGUUUAUCUUUGAUGCAGCGACAAAGUUCUGUACUGAGAUUGCAACACAUCGACAUGGGUGUUGUGUGCUACAAAAAUGCAUUGCUUAUUCAAUGAGGCAACAAAGAGAGAAACUGAUCGCUGAAAUCUCAAGAAACAGUCUCCCUCUUGCUCAAGACCCCUUUGGGAACUACGCAGUGCAAUUCGUUAUAGAACUGCGGAUACCUUCAGCCGUGGCCAUGAUGUUGGCUCAGCUAAAAGGGCACUACGUUCAGCUAUCCAUGCAGAAGUUCAGUAGCCACAUGGUGGAGAGAUGUCUCAUGCAUUGUCCAGAGAGUCGUCCACAGAUAGUGCGUGAGCUUGUCUCUGUUCCUCACUUUGAUCACCUCCUUCAAGACCCUUACGCCAAUUUCGUCAUCCAAGCGGCUCUUGCCGCCACAAAGGGUCCACUUCAUGCUUCACUAGUGGAAGUGAUAAGGCCACAUUCGAUUCUGCGUAAUAAUCCUUAUUGCAAGAGGAUUUUCUCGAGGAAUCUGCUGAAGAAGUGA